CUGUGCCGGUGUCUCCAGCUCAGGCACAAAAGCAGAAAAACGCAGAGUAACAUCGACGACUCCGAUGCCAUGAGUCUGAGACGCCCACCUCCACCACGUGGUCAGACAUAUGGAUCCAACUACGGUCAGAACCCCCGCGCCGCCGACGGCUUCAACGGAGGAGCACCACCACCACCACCACCAACCGCCUACCGGGGACCACCGGAAGAAGAACCCUACAACAUCAUACCCAUACACAACCUCCUGGCCGACCACCCAUCCCUCCGUUACCCUGAAGUCCGUGCGGCCGCCGCUGCCCUCCGUACAGUCGGAGAACUCCGGAAGCCCCCCUUUGUCGACUGGCGCGAUGGUAUGGACCUGUUGGACUGGUUGGGUGCUUUCUUCGGCUUCCAACGUGACAACGUCCGCAACCAGAGGGAGCACCUGGUCCUCCACCUAGCUAACGCUCAGAUGCGACUUCAACCCCCUCCUACCAACAUCGACAUUCUCGACGCUACUGUCCUCCGCCGUUUCCGUAAAAAGCUUCUCAAGAACUACACCUCCUGGUGCUCUUACCUCGGCCGCAAGUCCAAUGUCUGGAUCUCCGAUCGCCGUAACCCCUCCAUUACUGACGUCCGCCGUGAGCUCCUCUACACUUCCCUCUAUCUCCUCAUCUGGGGUGAAGCCGCCAAUCUUCGCUUCGUUCCCGAAUGUAUCACCUACAUCUUCCACCACAUGGCCAUGGAGCUCACUCGCAUCCUCGAGGACUACACUGACGAAAACACCGGUCGCGCUGCUCUCCCUUCAGUCUCCGGUGAAGAUGCGUUUUUGAACCGUGUUGUCACCCCUAUGUACAAGAUUAUUCGUGACGAGGUCGAGAACAGUCGGAAUGGGACUGCCCCUCACUCUGCAUGGAGGAAUUAUGAUGACAUUAAUGAAUUCUUCUGGAGCCGCCGCUGCUUCCAGCGACUCAAGUGGCCCAUCGAUGGUAGCAGCAACUUCUUCUCGACUAAAAAGGAGAAGGGUGUGGGUAAGACUGGGUUUGUGGAACAGAGGUCGUUCUGGAAUGUAUAUCGCAGCUUCGAUCGGCUUUGGGUUCUGCUCAUACUGUUCCUUCAGUCGGCCAUUAUCGUUGCUUGGGAGGGAAAAAGUACCCCGUGGGGUGCGUUGACUAGCCGUGAUGUGCAGGUAAGGGUGCUCACCUUUUUCAUCACCUGGGCUGGUCUUCGAUUUCUUCAGUCGCUGCUUGAUGCUGGUACACAGUACAGUCGAGUGUCGAGGGACACGAUGUUGCUUGGGGUGAGGAUGGUUUUGAAGAGCAUUGUUGCCAUUGGAUGGACUGUCGCGUUCGGUGUUCUCUAUGGAAGGAUUUGGUCUCAGAGGUAUCAGGACCGUAGGUGGUCCGCGGAAGCAAACGGUAGGCUGGUAACUUUUCUUGAGGCUGCCUUUGUGUUCAUCGUCCCAGAGCUAUUGGCAUUGGCACUCUUCAUUCUCCCCUGGAUCAGGAACUUGCUUGAGGAGACUAAUUGGAGGAUCUUCUAUGUGUUAACUUGGUGGUUUCAGACCCGGGCUUUUGUGGCUCGUGGUCUCAGGGAAGGGCUUGUGGAUAACAUCAAAUAUACCCUGUUCUGGAUUGUGGUUCUGGCUUCCAAGUUCACCUUCAGUUACUUCCUCCAGAUCAAGCCCAUGGUCGCCCCAACCAGAGCUGUUUUGAAGCUCAAGGGCAUACAUUUCAAAUGGCACGAGUUCUUCAGUGACACGAAUAGGUUUGCUGUUGGACUGUUAUGGCUUCCUGUUAUCUUGGUCUACCUGAUGGAUCUGCAGAUAUGGUACUCAGUCUUCUCAUCCUUCGUUGGGGCUAUGGUUGGUUUGUUCUCACACUUGGGUGAGAUUCGGAAUGUCGAGCAGUUUAGGCUGAGGUUCCAAUUCUUCUCAAGCGCAAUGCAGUUCAAUCUCAUGCCGGAAGAGCAGUUAUUGAAUACUCAGGGGACGUUGAAGAGCAAGUUACUUGAUGCCAUUCGCAGACUGAAGCUGAGAUAUGGGCUGGGCAGGCCCUUCAAGAAGAUUGAAUCAAACCAGGUAGAGGCGUACAGGUUUGCACUGUUGUGGAAUGAAAUAAUCGCAACAUUUAGGGAAGAAGAUAUCAUUAGUGACCGUGAAGUUGAGCUUUUAGAAUUGCCACCAAACUAUUGGAACAUCAGGGUCAUCCGUUGGCCCUGUUUGCUCUUGCGCAAUGAACUGCUGCUUGCUCUUGGCCAGGCAAAAGAAUUGGUAGAUGCACCUGACCGAUGGCUUUGGAGGAAGAUUUGCAAGAACGAGUACAGGCGGUGUGCGGUUAUAGAAGCUUAUGAUAGCAUUAAGUACUUGCUUGUUGAUAUUCUCAAAGAUGGCACAGAAGAGCGUUUAAUCAUUAUAAAUUUGUUCCAAGAGAUCGAUCAUGCGGUUCAGAUUGAGAAGUUCACACAGACGUACAAAACUACUGCACUGCAGCAGAUACAUUCCAAGUUGAUAACCCUUUUUGAACUAAUUAACAAGCCAAAGAAAGAUAUGACCCAGGUGGUGAAUGUAUUUCAGGCCCUAUAUGAGGUUUUCAUUCGGGAUUUUCCAAAGGUGAAGAGGUCCAUUGAGCAGCUGAGGCAAGAUGGAUUGGUGCCUCGCAGGCCAAACACCAACACAGAGCUACUAUUUGAGAAUGCUGUGGAGUUGCCCAGUGUUGAAAAUGCUGACUUCUAUCGGAAGUUACGGCGUUUGCUUACAAUUCUUACCUCUAGAGAUUCAAUGAACAAUCUUCCAAAGAAUCUUGAGGCAAGACGGCGGAUUGCAUUCUUUAGUAACUCCCUCUUCAUGAACAUGCCCCACGCUCCCCAAGUUGAGAAAAUGUUGGCUUUCAGCGUCCUUACUCCUUACUACAGUGAAGAUGUCGUUUACAGCAGAGAACAGCUGAGGAGUGAGAAUGAAGAUGGCAUAUCUAUCUUGUUUUAUUUGCAGAAGAUUUAUGAUGAUGAGUGGAAUAAUUUCAUGGAGCGGAUGCGACGAGACGGAAUGGAGGAUGACAAUGAGAUAUGGACAACCAAACUCAGAGAGCUCCGCCAUUGGGCGUCAUACAGAGGUCAGACGCUAUCUCGCACUGUAAGGGGAAUGAUGUAUUACUACAAGGCUCUCAAGAUGCUUGCCUUUCUUGAUUCUGCAUCAGAGAUGGACGUCAGGGCAGGGUCAUCUCUUGGUUCAAUGAGGCUUGAUGGUGCAGUGGAUGGUCUGGGCACAAGUAGGUCACCAUCUUCCCGGAGGCUUAGCAGGGCAGGUAGUGCGGUGAAUCUGUUAUAUAAAGGCCAUGAAUAUGGGACUGCUAUGAUGAAAUAUGUAUAUGUGGUCAGCUGCCAGAUCUAUGGGGUUCAAAAAGGGAAAGACCAACGCGGUGAGGAGAUUUUAUAUCUGAUGAAAAACAAUGAGGCCCUCCGAGUUGCCUAUGUUGAUGAGGUCCACACGGGUAGGGAUCAGGUGGAGUAUUACUCUGUCCUUGUGAAGUAUGAUACACAGUUGGAGAAGGAGGUUGAAAUCUACCGGAUCAGGUUGCCUGGUCCUUUGAAGCUUGGAGAGGGUAAGCCAGAAAAUCAGAACCAUGCUAUUAUCUUUACUCGUGGUGAUGCUGUUCAGACCAUUGAUAUGAACCAAGACAACUAUUUUGAGGAGGCACUCAAGAUGCGGAACCUAUUGGAGGAAUUCAAAACCUACUAUGGUAUCCGUAAACCCACAAUCUUGGGAGUCCGUGAACAUAUCUUCACUGGUUCUGUCUCUUCACUUGCUUGGUUCAUGUCUGCACAAGAGAUGAGCUUUGUAACCUUGGGACAACGUGUUUUGGCAAACCCUCUGAAGGUUCGAAUGCAUUAUGGCCACCCGGAUGUCUUUGAUAGAUUCUGGUUCUUGACUCGUGGUGGCAUUAGCAAGGCUUCCAGGGUCAUCAACAUCAGUGAAGACAUAUUUGCGGGAUUCAAUUGCACAUUGCGGGGUGGCAAUGUGACACAUCAUGAAUACAUCCAGGUUGGUAAGGGAAGGGAUGUUGGAUUUAAUCAGAUAUCAAUGUUUGAGGCCAAGGUUGCCAGCGGCAACGGUGAGCAGGUUUUGAGCAGGGAUGUCUACCGGUUGGGGCAUAGGCUGGACUUCUUCCGGAUGCUCUCAUUCUUUUAUACCACUGUUGGAUUCUUUUUCAACACGAUGGUGGUGGUCUUGACUGUUUAUGCAUUUUUAUGGGGGCGCCUUUAUCUUGCUCUAAGUGGCAUUGAGAGUGCGAUGAUGCAGAAUUCUAACAAUAAUAAAGCACUUGGCACAAUCCUGAAUCAGCAGUUCAUCAUUCAGAUGGGUCUUUUCACUGCCCUCCCAAUGAUUGUGGAAAAUUCACUUGAGCAUGGGUUCCUUCCUGCAGUUUGGGAUUUCUUGACGAUGCAGCUCCAGCUUUCAUCCGUUUUUUACACAUUUUCUAUGGGAACUCGUACCCAUUUCUUUGGCCGGACCAUCCUUCAUGGUGGUGCGAAGUAUCGAGCCACGGGGCGUGGUUUUGUCGUGGAACAUAAGAGCUUUGCUGAGAACUAUAGACUUUAUGCUCGUAGUCAUUUUGUGAAAGCGAUUGAGCUUGGGGUGAUACUGACAGUUUAUGCUUCGCACAGUAGUAUAGCUAAGAACACUUUUGUUUAUAUAGCCUUGACAAUCUCAAGUUGGUUCUUGGUAGUGUCAUGGAUCAUGGCUCCCUUUGUGUUCAACCCCUCGGGCUUUGAUUGGUUGAAGACUGUAUAUGAUUGGGAUGAUUUUAUGAACUGGAUAUGGUAUAGUGGUGGGGUGUUCACUAAAGCAGAACAAAGCUGGGAGACAUGGUGGUAUGAGGAACAGGACCAUUUUAAGACUACCGGACUCUGGGGAAAAUUACUGGAGAUAAUUUUAGAUGUUCGUUUCUUUUUUUUUCAGUAUGGGAUUGUAUACCAGCUGCGCAUUGUUGGAGGAAACACUAGUAUUGCCGUUUACUUGUUAUCUUGGAUCUACAUGGUUGUAGCUGUUGGCAUCUCUGUGAUAAUAGCAUAUGCUCGAGACAAGUAUGCUGCGAAAGAACACAUUUACUACCGGCUGGUUCAGUUCCUUGUCAUUGUGCUCAUAGUACUUGUGGUAGUUGUGUUGCUGGAGUUCACCCCUUUUGAAUUUCUGGAUAUUCUCACAAGCUUCAUGGCAUUCAUACCCACUGGUUGGGGUCUCAUAUCCAUAGCCCAAGUACUCAGGCCUUUUUUGCAAUCUACUGUGGUGUGGGAGACUAUAGUUGCCCUCGCACGUCUCUAUGAUAUACUCUUUGCAGUUAUUGUCAUGGCUCCUGUGGCACUUGUCUCAUGGCUACCAGGGUUACAGGCUAUGCAAACAAGGAUCCUCUUUAAUGAUGCAUUCAGCAGGGGUCUCCAGAUAUCUCGUAUUCUAGCAGGCAAAAAAGCUAAUCAGCAAAAACUCUAAUCAUUGACUUGUGAGUUGAGGUUGGAGUGGGACUAGGUGUAAAAGCAGUAAAGCACAGAGGAGUAGAGAAUGUAUUUCUUUUCUCCCAAGGGAGUUUGUUAAUGUUUACGGUAUUAUGGUUGCUGCUAAUUUUUUAUUCUUUUCUCAUUUUCUGGGUGAGGGAAGGACAAUCUUUCUGCUGCUUCAUCUUUGGUUGCAUCUUCCCUUUACUGUUGUGAUCAAUCUGAGUUUAGAACUUGAUGCUUAGAGUCUUAUCUGAGCACCCUGUAAUAUAUUUGUCAGUAUAGGGCUUUUAGUCAACUAGUGGACUGUGUUCA